CCUCUGUCUCUGGAGUGGAGCCUGAUCUUCAUCAAUGGGCUGUGGGAGAAGAUGCUGCAGGUGCCAGACAUUGAGAGCCCUCCUGUUCUGUCUCAGUGGGUCCAUGGGGGACUUCAGCCCUUCCUGGAGGAGCCCAAGGUCUUUGGUUGCCUCCAUGGCAAAAACGUGUCCUGUGAGACCUUUCAGCUGCUAGUGGCUGCCCUGGAUGGACUAUACCCUGAGCUUCCAGAGGGAGAGCAGAGGAAUCUUUACAGUGGGAUCAAAUAUUAUCUCACCCAGAAUGAAUCCAACCAGAAAUGCUACAGUGAAGCCAUUCCAGGCCUGAAUUCCACUGCUUGGUUUAAAAACUACCUUGGAUCCUUUAUGGAGGAUGCCACAGUUGAGGACCUGCAGCUUUUUGCUGAUGAACCAACUCUUCAAAAAUUUGCCAGGGAUCCAGUCAAUAUGGAGAUGAUCAGCAACCUCACCUUGCUCCGGGAGACAGCUCUGUACUACACCUUCCUGCUGACCUCUGCUCCUGCUUUUCCACUGUCAAGCCUCCCAGACAGGUUUCUUUGCUCCCUGAGCCCCUCGGCAGUGACCAACCUGAGCAGGGACGACGCGCUGAGCUUGGCCCAGAGGAUCGGGGAGAGCUGCCCCUGGAUCCCGGCACGCAGAGGGAUUCCCGGAGAGAGAGCUCCCUCCUCCCUGCCGGCACAGGAGCUGCAGGUCACAUCCUCCCUGCUGAGGAAGGUUGAGGAUUUCUCUCCCGAAAUCCUGUGUGCCCUGGGCCAGGCUGCAGUGGGACUGUCUGUGUCCAGCAUCCAGAACAGCAUCAGUGAGCAGGACCUUGAAGCAGCUCUUCCUGCCCUGGGGAAAGUUCGUGGCUGGAGUGCUGAGCAGUCCAGUGCCAUUGUGGACAAACUGCUCCGCUCUGGCUAUCAGCUCCGGGAUGGGCAGAGCCUGGCACAGCUGGGCAGUUUGGUGGGAGGCCUCAACAGCAGCACGGUCUGGAGUCUGUCCCCAGAGGUGGUCCUGGAGGCCAUCAAGGUGCCUGAGUUUGCCCAGCAAAUGGAGCCCCUUCCCCCUGCUCUGAAAAGGACCUUUGUGGAAAAGAUUUCCUCCAGUGUUGCCCACCCUGCUGACCUGGUGAAACACAUCCCUGAUGCUCUGGCCAGUUACAUCCCCAAAUCCUUGCUUGUUUUUGGGGAAGAGAAGCCCAGUGUUCAGGAUCUCAACAGUAAGCCGUGGACCCCAGAGCAGGCUGCCAUGUUUUUCAGUGAUGUGGUAAAGGCAGAGCCUGACUUCAGCAGGCUCUCCCAGUCUGUGCUCCAAGGUUUCACCUGUGCAGCUGCCAAAGAUGUGGAAGCAGGAAGAUUUCGGGAGCUGGCCAAAGUCAUGAGGAGCAAGAAAGUCAGGCUGGGAGAAGACCAGCUGAGUUGCUUACUGAGGAUGGUGACACUGCAUGGGAUUCCUGAGGAUUUGGACAGUUAUCCUAAAGACCUGUUGCUGUUUUUAAGUCCUUCAGACUAUGCAGCCACUGGAAGCUGCAGCCAAUACUUCAAUAACAUUGGGGAAGCAAAUCUUGAUGUUCUGCCAAGAGAGUCCCCUCAGAGGAAACAGCUUCUCCUGGAGGCUCUGGCAUGUCUGAAAAUCCCUGGCACACAAAUAAAUGAGGAGGAUGCUGAGAUCCUGGGCCGCCUGGUCUGUGACCUGGGGGGGGAAUACAUCAGGAAUUCGGGGGGGAUUUUGCUGAAGGACCUAAGCCAGUGUGAAUCUUUCCUGCCUGACCAAGAAGAGGCCAUUAGGGAUGUCAUCAGCAGUGGGAACACCACAUUCGGGCCUCCCGCAGCCUGGUCAGCCUUCACCCUGAGGGACCUCUCGGGGCUCAUCCCUGUGUUUGAUCACAAGAUCUUGCGGGAGAUCCCCAAGAAUUCUCUGACCCUUUGGCUGAAGAACUUUGCCCGGGAUUCCCCCCUGUCCAGGGAGGAGUUGGCCACCGUCGUGGGGGAGCUCCUGCCCACCCGGCACAGGAGGGCCGAUGGUUGUAGCAUGGAGAUAACGGAGGAGAUGCUGAGCACUGACCUGAUGCCCGCCUACUACUACAACCCUGAGGAGUUCCGGGCCUGCCUCAGGAACAUGUCCCUGGAGAACCAGGUCUUCCUGGAGAACCACCUCUCCCAGGUCCUCAGCUACCCCUUCAGUGUGGAGCAACUGCAAGUGCUGAAGGACUACCUGGAUGAGAGGUAUCCUGAUGGUUAUCCUGAAAGCCUCCUCUCCAAGCUGGGUCCCCUCACCUCUCUCAUCACCCCUGAGGAAAUUUCCACAUGGAAGAUGAACUCAGCUGAUGCCCUGGCUGCCUUCCUGAAAAGUCAGCCCCCAGAUCUCCUGGCCUCAGCAGUGAUCAAACGUUAUGUUGAGCUGGGCAAUGCCCUGAAUGCCACUGCCCUGGAUGCCAUCGGGACCAGAUACGUGUGCCUGCUGAACACCACGGAGCUGCAAGCCAUAGAGCCCAGCAGCCUCAAACUGGUGUCUCUGAAUCCUUCAGCCUGUUCACAACAGACCAAAGACCUCUUGUAUGAGAAAGCCAAAGAAGCUUUCUAUCCCCAGCACGUCUUUCCUGCUUACUAUCAACUGAUUUUACCUUAUCUGGAGGGGGCUCCUGGUGAAGAUCUCAAGGCUCUGAGCCAGGCCAACGUGAACAUGAACAUGAGCACUUUUGUGAGUUUAAGAAGAGAUGCUUUGAUGAGCCUGACACCCCGUGAGGUUCAGGGCUUGCUGGGGAUCAACCUCCCAGACCUGGCCAAGUGGCAGUACAGGUCUCCUGUCCGGGAGUGGAUCCGGGUACAACAACAAUCCCAGCUGGACCAGCUGCACAUCGGGCUCACGGGGGGAACACAGGAAGGCUACAUCAACCUCGUCACUCCCAAAUUCCCAGCACCAUCCUCAGCCCCUCUGGGUGCCAUGGCCAUGGCACUGCACCUCCUGCCUGCCCUGCUCCUCACUUUCCUCAUGAUGUCCAUCCUGUCCUGACCAUCUUCUCUCCAGAGGAAGCAAGACCAGGGGUUGGUUCCAUCCUGUGAACUGCUCUGAGGCCUGUGGGCACCUCCAGCCUGGGGCUGAGGGGUGCCCAGAGCACCAGGCAACUGGGAUCAGCCCAGGAAUCACUUCUAGGUACUUUUGUCUUUCAAAUCACUCGGAAAAACCCAGUUGUGCCUGAAGAGAAGAUUCCAGACUCUUCAGAGCAGGACCUUUGCCUUUGGCAGAGCCCAAGUCCAGGUCAGCCCCAACCAUAACACUGCAACCCAAACCACGUGCAUGUUUUACUGGGGGGGUUAAGGUUAAAAAUGACAUUUCCCAGAGCCUGAUCUCGUGACACUGCCAAGACCUCAGAGU